CAUCAGACAGAUUUUACGCGGAUACAAAUAGUCGCCAAAUUAUGAACAGAAGGCAAUCGAUUUCAAUAAACGUCAGUUACCCAGAUGUCAUUGUGCCGAACAAAUUUGUAGUAUAGUGAACAAUUAUCGCGGCUUCAUAAAUAUUUCGGUCAAAAUAAGAAAAUCGAGGUCACCGCGAAAACUCUGUCUACCUUUUACUCUUACGUCUCUUGACAACGUUUAUCGUGACUCUUCAAACUUAUUUAUAAGAGAAUAUGAAGAAAGGAGCGAGAUGUGUUGUACAAACUAUCAACUUGUCAAAACCGAAAACAUGUAUAAGACCAAGAGGAGUCGAAAAACUCGUCGGCACGGAUACGGUAGACUCAUCCACGAAGUCUGAUCUCGCGAGUGGUCAUUGGACACUUAGACCAGUGACAGUGAAAGUUUGCACGCGAGAAGAUAUGCAGAGGACCUGCAAGUCGAAAUACUGCGAUUGCCGUGAAAAGCCGCUGUCGCCGCCGCUUUCGACCGGCGAGAGACUCUGCAGAACCGUAAUGUUUCUUAUAAAAGGCACCAUCACGGCUGGCCUUAUUUAUUGGACUUGCUCGGAGGGUCUUUGGAGCGACAGUGGAGAGACGGAAAAUCUGUAUUACAGGAUAAUGAGCACGAUCGCUCCCUCGCUAUCUGCUCCGCCGUCGGGCGCUAACGAUAUACACUUGUCACACCUGGAGCAAAUAAAAUAUUCGAUAUUCGAGACAUACAAUGACGCGGUGAUGAAAAGUAUGGAUAUUAUCAUCGGUGUGCCAUUAGUGUUGUACCAAAAGCUACGAGAUAUCUUAUUCCCUUGCGACGCAAUUAAAGAAACAGGGACACAACAGUCCGACAAGACUUCAGCGAAAAUGUAA